UUGAUCAAAAGCCCGCGUCCGAUAUUCUUGACACGACUUAGCAGGAAAUAUCAUAUUGGUGUCAGUUAAUUUCCCAAGUUAGACAAUUCAGUGGUGUGUUAAGCCAUAGAGCUUCUUACUGAGUUGAAUCACUGAUCAGGGGAAGAGUAUUUGGAGAUUCACGGAAAAUUAAGCAUACAGAUGUCAAACAGCACAGUCAUACCGCCUAUUAACCUCAUACAAGAAAAUGGCUACACUGAGGUGCCAAGAACACCGCUGGUCAUAAUUUUAGCGUUUCUGUCAUUUAGCACUGUCCUCGGGAACUGCGUGAUAUGCUUUGCCAUCUACAAUCAUCCUGCCUUGCGUCAUGUGACCUACUUGUCAAUUUUCAGCCUGGCGAUCGCGGACUCUUUAGCAGGCCUGGUUGCCAUGCCAAGUUAUAUCUUGAAAAAGUUUACAUGGGAUGAACCAACGCAGACAAUUGUAUGCGAUAUUUUUCGUUCUUCGUAUUUCCUGACGGGUUACGCUUCCAUUCUAAGUUUAUCAGUCAUCAGCGUGGAGCGCCUUAUCGCAGUGAGAAAUCCGCUGAACCACGUAAUUAUUGUCUCACGUCGUCGAGUAGUGCUGGCACUGGUCUUUGCAUGGGUGGACGCCCUUCUGGUUUCGUCACUUCCUUUCUUCCCAUGGGAACCAAACAAUCCGUAUAAGGAAUGCAGCUACAGUCCGACUCGCUGGUGGAGCAUUAUGGUCAUCAUAUCCAAUGUAAUGACUCCAUUCCUUGUCAUUGUAAUUUGCUACAGUCUCAUGUAUCUAACAGCCCAAUCCCAUGUCAAAAAAAUGUCAAAGAACAGUAGGCAGCUAUCCCACAACAGUAAAAAUUCCGCCAAGAAUCACAAAGAACGCCGAGCUAACAUUACCAUCAUGAUUGUGAUUGGCGUCUUUGUGUUGUGCUGGUUUCCAUCCUGUUUAUAUUAUUUCCUUCAGAAAACCUGUCCGCAAUGCUUCUCUGAAGCAUUCAAAGCCAAACAGAGUCUUGUCAAUGCUUUAGUGAAGGUUCUGACUUUCACUUCGUCCUUUUUGAAUCCCAUAAUUUAUUGCUGGAGAAGUCGCGAGUUUAGAAGCGUAUUUCUGAAAAUUUGCCGCCGAAAGAAGCGCAGCUUUUCUAAUUCAUUUUCCAGUCAUUUUAACAUUCGCGUUUCACGACGGAACAGUAAUGAUCAAACAAGGCCUCGACGUUCUACAGCAGAAGAAGUUGUUAUUAACAAAGAAACUCUCGAAUUACUAGUAAACAGUAAAUCAAGUAGUGUGUAAAACGUUUUACUUAAAAAAAAAGUUUUACCUGUUGAUCACGGUCUGCGGUUGCCCCUAACAUUUGUAUCAAGCCAAAAACUUUACAAGCUACUCAUUAACAAACAGAUGCCAUGUUGCUGUGCCUCUGUUUAGUAAUAGAUCACUGAUGAGAAGUUAGAGGAGUUGUUAAUACUUGAAGAUAGAUAGAGAAUGUAAUAGAUGGGUGCGCGUGGAUAUGGAAUUUCUCUUCGAGUGUUUUACUCGAUAGCUCACGAGAGAGCGCAGCGAACGAGUGAGGUGUUGAGUUGAACACGAGAAGAGAAAUUUCAUAUCUACAAGCAACCAUGUAUUAUUUUUUCAUCAUAUAAACACAAUAGCCCUUUACUGACAAGAAAAGAAAACCUUGUGAAUGAAUGAAAAUAAAAGGAUCGACAAUCCC